UAAUUACGAUGACCUGACAGAAUUGGGAAGAUCACGGCGACGACGAGACGAUGAAAGGUGGGGGAAGAGUUCCUUAUCAGGACGGCUUUCCAUUGUUGUGACAAAAUAAUCGGUGGAGCCUUAAGGCCAGAGCUCUUCCCCUCUCUCUCUCUCUCUCUAAUUGAGGUCGCUUGCUUUGGAGUUGGGAGGAGAGCGAGAGAUGGGGGAAAGUGGGGAGGGGAAGGUGCGAGAGCCGCUGCUGGGGGCGACGCGGAGGUGGAACUCGGUGAACUCGAUGCGGGGGGCGUUCGUGGCGAGUUUGCCGGAGAAGGUCCGGGCCGCCGUCGACCCGGAAAAUCCCUUCCACGUCGACGUCUCCAGAACGAAAGGCAUCGGUGAAGGGGUAAAAGAGUACUAUGAAAGACAAUUUGCUACUCUGAGAUCUUUUGAGGAGGUUGACUCCAUAUGCAUGCCCAAUGGAGUUGAUGAUGAUCAAAAAGCUAUAGAGAGGAAAGAGCAGAGGAAAGAGCAGGAACAGAAUGAAUUUGCAAUGCGGAUCUCGAAUUAUGCUAAUAUUGUUCUCUUGGCAUUGAAGAUUUAUGCUACUAUAAGAAGUGGAUCUAUUGCGAUUGCUGCAUCAACACUUGAUUCCUUGUUGGAUCUUAUGGCAGGUGGCAUUCUCUGGUUUACACAUUUGUCGAUGAAGAACAUAAACAUCUACAAAUACCCUAUUGGCAAGCUGCGUAUGCAGCCAGUCGGCAUCAUCAUAUUUGCUGCAGUAAUGGCUACUCUAGGCUUUCAGGUUCUAAUUCAAGCCCUUGAACAAUUGAUAGCUGAUGAGCCUCCAGAAAAUAUGUCCUCGACACAACUCAUUUGGUUAUAUGCAAUCAUGCUGACUGCUACUGUGGUAAAGCUUGUGCUAUGGCUUUAUUGUAGAAGCUCGGGAGACAAGAUUGUCCGAGCCUAUGCUAAGGAUCAUUAUUUUGAUGUUGUAACCAAUGUUGUGGGCUUGGCUGCUGCUGUUCUUGGUGAUAAAUUUUAUUGGUGGAUUGAUCCUGCUGGGGCCAUCAUUCUUGCAGUGUAUACAAUAUCAAAUUGGUCUACAACUGUCUGGGAAAAUGCAGUUUCACUGGUGGGUCAAUCAGCUCCUCCUGAAAUGUUGCAGAAAUUGACUUAUCUUGUUAUUAGGCAUAAUUCUGAAAUUAAGCGUGUUGACACAGUGCGAGCUUACACCUUUGGAGUACUUUACUUCGUGGAGGUUGAUAUCGAACUACCGGAGAAUCUGCCUCUGAAAGAGGCACAUACCAUUGGGGAAUCACUGCAGAUAAAGAUUGAGGAACUUCCAGAAGUUGAACGGGCAUUUGUGCAUCUUGAUUUUGAAUGCGAUCAUAAGCCAGAACAUUCAAUUCUUAGCAGAAUCCCCAACAGUGACCCUUGAUCUCCAUGGAUGGGUUCCACCCAAUUAUAAAAUUUUGUUUUGUAUUCUUGUUGUUUUAUCAAGCUGCCGAUAUAUCCAAGAUGAUUGUAUAAGAUAACGAUGCAGAUGAUUGCUAGCUAAUAUCUUCCAUUGCAACUAAUGCCUAUUGUUGGUCAGUGCACCAAAUUACUUUGGGUGUCACAUUUCAGUAUUCUAGAAGAAAUAUGAUCACGAAGUUUUGAACCGAGGAGUAUGCAAACAUGGGAGGAUUUAUAUUUAGUAUUAUCAUAAGCAUGUUCAUAGCAUAGUUUAAAAUGUCUAGCUGUUGUUGUAUUUUCAGGAGCUAUGGAUUUGUAUCACUGGAGUAAUUGGUGAAAGAAUCCCAAAGAAAAAUAUUUGCAGGGAAGCACUUUGGUUCUGG